AUGCAAGCGGCGGCGAUGGCGUUGCGCGGGCGAUCGGCUAGGCACCGCAUGGGGUUUGAUCGCGGAGGCGCGAUCGCGUGCGGCAGGGAGGCCGAUGACGGUCAGAAUCGGAUCGGUGUGGGACAGCACCCAGCAAGUGCUGGCGGGCAGGACCGGAAUGCUCGCGCCCUUUGCCGCGAUCGGUUUCGUUCUGCCCGUGAUAUUGCAACUGCUGCUGGUUCCCAGACGACCAUGGCCAUUAUGUCCGCCGGCGCGAGCGUGACCGAUUGCUGGUCACCGGGUGGCGAUCGGGCUCGGCAUCUGGGCGCAACUGGCGAUCAUGGCGCUGGCGACGCAUCCGGCGACGACCUCGGCGGAGGCGUCGCGGGCCGGUCUGCGCCGGCUGCUCCCGCUGCUCGGCGUCGCGGUCGUGCUCCUCGUCUUUGCCCUGGUGGUGCUCGUGCCGUGGUCGUGCUCGGUGUCGGGCUUCGACUUUGCCUCCGCGAUCGCGGCGCAGGGCAAUCCGGCGCUGAUGCCUCCUGA